AUGUUAUUGACAAUUAAAUAUUAGGGGAGAGUGAAAUAAUUGAAUUUGGAUAGAAGAAUAAAUGUUUAGUCUUUAUAAAUAUUAUUAGGACAAUUAUUUAGCACAAAGAAUAAAAUAAUUGGAUUAAUUGAUUUAGAUGGUAAAUCUUAAAUAAAUAAAGCGUAGGCAAUUAUUUCGAUUUAGGGUUAUUUGUUUAAUAAUUGAAUUACACAAAAUGUAGCAAUUAUACAUUGGUAAGUGAGGAUGGAUAGAAUAUUGGAGAUAAUAACAUAUAAUAAGGAAUAAUGAAACAUACUUGUAUAUCUGAUUACAACAAUAAACUUUAAUUUAUAGAUUUUAUAUAUGAUUUAGAGGAGUUUCAAUAUAUAUUGGGAGAUGAUUAAUAUACAUGCAUAUAUUUAAUAGAUGAAAAAGAUAUAUCAGCAUUAGAUUUUUUAUGUUCUUUAGAACCGAUAAUAAAUAAUCUAAAUAGUUAGAUUAAUUUUUAUUAUUCAUUUAGUAAUAGAUUAUAAGAAUAAAUAAAAGAGAAUGAACCAUAGAGUAAAACUUUGUGGGUAUAUAAAGGAUCAAAAAGGAUUGUAUCAAUUUUAUUAAAUAAUGAUAAAAAGAUGAAGUAAAUGGAUGAAAUAAUUCAUAAACUUGUUUAAACUAAAAUUUAUGGUACAAGCACUAAGAAUUCUAACAUUAGAUAAGUAUCUUAACUUUCAUCAUAACAAUCUCCAGAUAAAAGAAGAAGUAAAUCAAUUAGAAGAAUGGUUGAAGAAUCUUUAAUUCAUAAUAGUAUAGGUUCCAGAUAUGUUACUAAAGUUUAAGCAAAAGUUAUUUAACAAGUACCAUCUAGAGGAAGUGAUAUACCAGAUGAUUAAAUUUCAUAUAAUCUCUCAAAUCCAAAUGAAUCUAUUAUAAAUUAAUAAGAUCUAUUAUUUAGAAUUAUUGCUGAAUUAGAAGAUAAAGAAUUACUUGAUAUGACUAUGGCUAGAUUAGUUAAAAGAUUGUUAAUUGAAGAAAAUAAAGAGAUUAUUACAGUUCUAUUCUAAUAUUAAUAAAGAACUAUAGAUAUUUAAAAUUUAUCUGAAAGAUUGAAUAAAAUAAUUGAAAAUUCUAAAAAUUAAUAAAGACCUACUUCACCUUUUUAAACUUUAAAAUAAACUAAAUAAUAGAUUAAUAAUACUAAUCAAUAAUCUAUACAAGAUAAUCAAGAAAUUAAAAAUUUAAUUAUUGAAAGUAAUAAUUUUGAAUUCUCUUCUGAAUAAUUUGGUAUCAUAAAUCAUUUAUGGAAUCAAAAUGAUCCAGUCAUUAUUAGAUUAUGUACUGAUAUUUAUAAAAAAUAAAUUAAAAAAGAAUAAGCUUCUUUAAAACCUUUAUAACUUUAUGCAGAUAAUAAAUUCAAUGAAUUAUUACAAUAAAAUUUUAAAAAACCAGAAAUAAACAUUAUUUAAGAUUGUAAAAACAAUAAGUCUGGAUCUAUUUAUGCCACUCUCUAACAUUUUAGAUAUGAAACUAAUGUUAAUUAUUUUAUUAAUGAUUUAAAAAAAGCAUUAUAACAAAUUCAUAAUCAAAAUUAACUAUUAACAGAACCAGAAAAAUAGACUGAUUAUUAAUCCAAAGAAAUUAGAUUAUUUAAAUUUUAAUCACCAAAGGCUCCUUCUCCUUUAUGUGUAUUGAUGCCAAAUUUUUAAAAUUUAGCUAAUGAAGCUCUCUCACCUCCUCCAUAAUCAUAAUCUUAGAAGCAAGAAGAAAAUAAUCAAAAUAUUUAAUCAUAUGGUAAUAUAUCAGAUGAAUUAUAAAGAGUUUAAUUGUUUUAACCACUCCCAAAUCAAACAACUAAAUAAAAAUAAUAAAUUUAGUAGGAACUCUAAUAAUUAAGCACUUAAUUAAAUGAACCAAAAUAAUAAUAAUAAUAAUUAUAAUAAUAAUUACAAUAAUAACAAUAACAAUAAUAACAAUAAUAAUAAUAAUAACAAUAAUAACAAUAAUAAUAAUAAUAAUAAUAAUAAUAAUAAUAACAAUAAUAAUAAUAAUAAUAAUAAUAAUAAUAAUAGAAUGUAGUGGCCAAAGAUAUUAUAUUUAGUGAAGAAAAUUUUGUUACGAGAAAAAUAGAAUAAAGAAAUUAAUAUUGUAAAAAGAUUGAGUAAUUCUAUUCUAUUUAAACUGAAAAAGAUAUUGGCUAAAAUUUUCAAGAAAUGAUUAAUUAAAUGGAUUUGGAUGAACAGAAGCUAAAAUAAAUUGAACAAUUAUUUUUAGAUCAUAAUGAAUAACUAUAUGAAAUAAUUAAAGGCUUUUAAUCUUCUAGAAUAAUAAUAAAUACAAAAGCAAAAUUGAUGUAAUAGAAUUUUUAUUUAAAAUAGUAAAUUACUUUCUGAAAAAUAAAAUGAUUCUUAAGACUAUAGAAAAACCAAGAUGUAUAAUUUAUUUAUGAAUUAAGUGAGAUAAUUUACAUUGUAAAAGCAUUUAUAAGAAAAUGAAAAAAAUUACUUAUUAAAAAUGUUUAGGGAGAAUGAUUAAUAAGUAUUGGGUACACUUGAAACCUAUUUAUAGAAUUAAGAUGCUCAAGAUAUGUUAGAAACUCUAUAAAUGAUAAUAAAGCAAUAUUCUAAAUUUACAAACGUAAUGAUAUUAUUUAAUUUGUAGAUCAAUUAGUAAGAAAUAGAUUAAUCACCUUUAGAAUAACCAAAAUUAAAUACACCUAUAUUAGGAGCCAAAGAAAUAUUGUCAAAAAUAAAAUAAUAUUUUUCAGCUGAAGAGAAGAAUAGAUUGGAAAGUAUUGCCAGUGGUUAAGGCGAAAAUAAUAUUGUGGAACUCUAUUUCCAAUAUUAAUAAGAUUAAGAUUUAAAUGGAUUUAUAGCAUCAAUCAAAAAAUUAAGUUAAUAAGAUUCAUCCAAAAAAUUACAUUAAUUUAUAACUUUUGAAGAUUUAUUGAAAAAAUUGAAAAAAGAUGGUUUAUUGAAAAUUGAUGAUUACAUGUUAGGUUUAAUUAGUAAAAAAAAAAAUGAAUAAAGAAUAAAAGGAGUUUUUGAAAUUUAUUUAUAUUCUAAAAAUGUUGAAGAUUUUAUAGAGAGCAUUAAAAGUAUUUAAAAAUUAUUGUAGUAAUGUAUAACAAACAAAUAUUUUUAGAGCUAAUAUAAUAAACAUUAGAAUAAUUUGAAAAGGAUAAUCUCUUACCUGAAAAUAAAUUGUCAAAAUUAAAGGAAAUAGCUCAUGAUUAUCAUAAGGAUUAUGCUAAAUUAGUAGGAGCAUUUUCUUUAUAUUUUGAAUAGUCUUAAUUAGAACCUGAAGGAGCAAAAGAGGAGAUUUUAGAAACCUUAAAUAUUUUUGCUUAAUGA